UUUGUGUUUGCUUUUGCAGCAGUCUUGCUCAGUGUGAGUUUUAACUUCAAUGUGAUGAAAAUGUCAUAAAUUUAUGGACGAAAAAACAAACCCAAUGCAGUUAGUGAUAAAUAAAAUACAAAAUGUUUCAAUGCGCAAUACAAGAGCUAUAAGGCCUAGCAGAAAUUACGCAUGCAAUGCACUAUGCAGUGCACUAGCCUAAUUCAAGCAAAAUAACAGAAACAACAACAGCUGCAUGUGCAAUAAUAUACGACUGCAAAGUGCAGGAUUUAUAAAUAUGGCAAUAAUACUACAUUAAUAGUCAAGCAACAACAGCAGCAGGGCUAGAGCGCGAGUGUAUGUGUGAGUGUGUUCGUUUUAUAUUUAGAAUAUGACGUUAGAGUGCUGCGAAUAUUAAAAGAGAAGCAAAAGCAAACGAAAGGCAAAAAGGGCUUGCAAUAGUGUGACCAGACACGACGAUCUGCAUGUCCGAAUUUCAGUUGGCGAAUGUUGUGGAUGCCAAUGGCAGUGCUGCCCAUAGCGAUGAUGCUUAUCACACACUGAGGCGCCAACAAACGGAACCGGAAGUCGCAACGCGCUGCAAAUCCUCAAGUCUUAAGCGCGAACCUUUAGUAUUCUUCAUCAUGCGACUGAAUCUGAAAGCGGUGCUGAUGCUGCUCAUUGUGGCCGUCAUGGUCAUCACUCUGGGCAUCUAUAUGCGCUGUGCCGCCUUUAGUUUCUCUCCGGAUUUUGUGCGUCAGCUGAGCCGACGCCAAACGAUCGACGCACUAACGAGUUCAGCUGCUGGCGGACAACAGGAACAGACAUCGCCUAGCGUUCCACUGCAGGACAUUGAGUGUGCCAUCAAUCAGGAGUACAGCAUACACUGUAAGCGCGACGAGAAUGCCAAUGAGGUGUAUGUGCCCUUCUCGUUUCUGCGGCAAUAUUUCGAUAUCAGUGGCGCUGUCUCAACGAACAACGAGGUGGUCAAAUUCAAUUGGAUGCACAGCAAUGCCAAGGUGAAUCUCCCGAAGGGCAAAUACGAUCCACGCGGUGUUUUCAUGUACUUUGAGAACUACAAUGUGGAGGUUCGUGAUCGCGUCAAGUGCAUCAGCGCAGCCGAAGGUGUCCCUGUGAGCACACAAUGGGAAAAGCGUGGCUACUUUUACCCGACGCAAAUAGCCCAAUUUGCCUUGGCGCACUACAGCAAGAAUCUAACGGAGGCGACGCCGCGUCAACAUGUCCUGGAGGAUGCGGAUGGCAAUCAGUCGAUGGAGUGGACAACGCCAAAGACCAGCAAUAUGACACGCAUCUGGCAUCACAAAUUCAACACCAGCAUUGUCCAGUUCGAGACAACCAUUGGCUAUGAGAGCGCCAUCAGUAUUCAAUUGAAUCAGACCCAGGAUCUUGUGCUCAGUGUGGAUUUGCUGUUGGUCACAAACAGCAGCAGUCUGAUGGUCACAGUGCUCAAUCGUGAUAGCAAACACAGCUAUCAGUUGCAUUACAUUGCCGCCGAGCUACUGCUCAGCGUGCAGGAGUCCAACAUCUAUUAUGGGUUGGGCGGUGGCGCCUUGAACAAGUGGCGUCACAUCACACGGGAUCUGCACAUCGAUGUGCAGAAGGGCAUCGUCAUGGGGGACAAACGAUCGCCACUGAAGGUGCGACGCAGCGAUCUAGAAGUACUAUCGAUUGCCUUCUUGGGCAUUGGAUUCUACGACAACUUGACGCUGUUGACCAGCGAUCAUUUGGCGCAUUUCUACGAUGCCGCAGAGUGGUUUGUGCACAAUCAAGACACGAAGACAGGCGGCUGGACGAAUCCGGUGCGCCGCAGUCUCAAUGGCUUUGCCGAGCUGCGUCCCGGCUGGAUCUCGGCCAUGGGACAGGGUCACGCCAUCUCUGUCCUGGCGCGCGCCUAUUGGCAUUCUGGCGGCGAUUCGCGUUACCUCAAGGCCGCCUCGUUGGGGCUGCAGCCGUAUCGCAUCUACUCUCGCGAUGGCGGCGUCCUGGCGCAGUUCAUGGACAAGUAUUACUGGUACGAGGAGUAUCCAACAACGCCGCCAUCCUUUGUGCUGAACGGUUUCAUCUAUUCGCUGCUGGGUCUCUACGAUCUAAACAGCACGGCACCAGGGAAGAUAGCACGCGAGGCGGGUAAACUGUUUGCCCAGGGAAUGCAUUCGCUGAAGAAGAUGCUGCUGCUCUACGACACUGGCUCUGGCACCAGCUACGAUCUGCGCCACUUGAGUUUGGGCGUGGCACCGAAUCUGGCACGCUGGGAUUACCAUGCGACGCAUGUGAAUCAAUUGCUAUUGCUGGCGACGAUCGAUAGUGAUCCAUUAAUUGCACAGACAGCGGAACGUUGGAAGGGUUAUAUGUUUGGCAAGCGGGCCAAACACAACUGAGAGCGAAGGAGGUUGGCGGCUGUGGCGGCUGCGGCAUCAUGGCAACCACGUAGUCGCCUCCACCUCCUCCUACUCCCGAAGAGGCCCAGGAACAACAAGAACAAGUGAUAUUUUUUGUAAACCAUUUGAAAUGGUUGCGCUAAUGCCGUGUCCCUCUUACCACAUUUCGAGCAACGAAUUUGAGUUUUAUGUAUUUGAUAUAUAUUUAGUUUGUAUUCUGCAUUUGUUUCGCAUUCGUCCGAAUUUCGUGCUUAAAACAUAUUUGUAAGUUGUGCUAUGUUUUGCAAAGCUUAUGUUAAUCGAGUAUUGUUAGUAUUUAAGGACUUGUACCUUUCUUCAUCGUGUAUACCUUAUAUUGCAUAAUCAUUAGGAGCAGCUCUUAGCAAAACUAUUAACUGUAGAAAUUUGUUAAACCAUUUAUGACUAAACUACUAUAUAGCUUAAUUGAUUCUUAAGUAGAGUUGCACGCAUAUUUCACUGGACAAUAUCGAAAACGUAAACGGAAGACCGUAACGUGAUCUUCGGCACGCCGUAGCUUGCAUACCCAAGACACUUUAAUAUAUAUAGACAUAUAACUGCAAUGCUAGGGUAUUGCAUACUUAUAUUAUCACUACUAAUACUGUAGACAACUUUUUUACCGCGCCCAACUUAAGUAGAGUUUGUUACACACCACCCCCUGUAUAAAGUUAAAUGUAGAGAGCUUAGCAUCAAUAACUAUAUAUACAUAUAUAUGGGACACACUCGAUUUAUAGUUAGAUAACUGUUAGAACUUUAGAUAUACGAAAUAGAUAUAUACGUGGGAACACUUGUACUUCUUUUCUUCAAAAGUAUACUGUUGUUUGCCAACUCAAAUACUAACUGCCCAUCAAGACAACGUUUAUACGACAGACACAUCAAUUGCAAUAUUCGUAAGCUAUUGUAAAUUGCAUGAUACAUAAUCAUCAUUGUUCCAGCUCUUGUAUCCCUGUUAUACUACCAGAGAUGAUAUUGCAAUCAUUAUGAUGAUCACUUCGUAUAAACGACGUAUCGAUCGAUAUCGAUAUUGUAUGUAAACAUAUAAUGUAAUGUUGUAGGCAGCUCCAGAGAAUCUUUCUCGACUUAAUCGAUGCCAUUCCAUAGAAUUUUUAUUUAAUUUUACUUAGUUCUAAACACAAACACACUAACACCGAUGCUGUCAAUUAAACAUUUAAGUAAUCCCCUCAAAAAAAUAACGCGACUGUUGGGCGGAAAGAAGAAUCGAUUAAUGAAGAAAUGGAUUUUAUGUAUGUACUUAUACCAUAUGUUCUUGUGUUAUUUGGUUUAUUUACAAUCUGUUUAAUUGUUGUAACAAAAAUAUAUAUAUAUAAGUAUAUAUGAACGCAAAUCUGUA